GGAUUGCCUCAUCGGCGCCGUUGUGAGCGUCCCCUCGUUGCCGCUUCAAGCUCACGAGAGCGGAACAAGGAGAGAAGACCGCAGGACGACGAGGGAGAUCGCGAACAUGGCGGGCACUGUUGACGACUUGCUGAGGCUGACGAUGCCGGCGGACGAGAAGCGCAUCAUCGCGGAGUACAUCUGGGUGGGUGGGAGCGGGCUGGACAUUCGCAGCAAGCCCCGCACUCUGCCCGGCCCCGUGAAGUCCGUGUCUGAGCUCCCCAAGUGGAACUACGAUGGCUCCAGCACGGGCCAGGCUCCGGGCGAGGAUAGCGAGGUCAUCCUCUAUCCCCAAGCCAUCUUCAGAGACCCCUUCCGCGGCGGGGACAACAUCCUGGUGAUGUGCGACUGCUACACUCCUCAGGGAGAACCCAUUCCCACCAACACUCGCUACGCUGCCAACAAGCUGUUCGAGCAGGCGCUGGACGCCGAGCCCUGGUUCGGUCUGGAGCAGGAGUACACGCUGCUGGAGAAGGAGCACAAGUGGCCGCUCGGCUGGCCCGUCAACGGCUACCCCGGCGCGCAGGGGCCGUACUACUGCGGCGUGGGGGCGGACAAGGCGUGGGGGAGGCGCAUCGUGGACGCUCACUACAAGGCGUGCGUGUAUGCGGGCAUCAAGAUCAGCGGGACCAACGGCGAGGUGAUGCCCGGGCAGUGGGAGUUCCAGGUGGGGCCGGCCAUCGGCAUCGAGGCAGGCGACCAGCUGUGGGUGGCGCGCUACUUGCUGGAGCGGAUAACCGAGCUGGAAGGGGUGAUUCUGUCCUUGGACCCGAAGCCCGUGGAGGGUGACUGGAACGGUGCCGGGUGCCACUGCAACUUCAGCACCAAGGCGAUGAGGGAGGACGGUGGGUGGGAGGUGAUCAUGCAGGCCGUAACGAACCUGGAGCUGAGGCACMAGGAGCACAUCAAGGCCUACGGSRAGGGCAAYGAGAGGCGGCUGACGGGUCGCCACGAGACGGCCAGCAUGGACAAGUUCUCGUGGGCGGUGGCGAGCCGCGGAACCUCCGUGCGGAUCGGAAGAGACACGGAGGCGAAGAAGAAGGGGUACAUGGAGGACCGCCGCCCGGCGUCCAACAUGGACCCGUACGUCGUCACCUCCCUGGUGUUCGAAACCACCACACUGUGGAAGCCCUGAGAGAGACGUUGGCAUGCUAGAGGUUGAUCAGAUAGCAAGAGAGAAUUGGGGUCGGACAGGCCGUUUUCCUUUCUAGUGGCUUUCUUCUUUGUUAGAGUAUGUUCUCAGUUUCAUAGUUGGUGCGUAGCUGAUGUAGGUUGUAGGGGAAGUGACAUUGUAUAUUAUAUUAUUUAGUCUAUUUUUCGGUAUGGUAUAAAGUACGAUUGUUAGGAAACCCAGGAGCAGCAGAGGGUGUUGUAGGAGUGCAAUGCAAAAGUUUGCUAUGUAGUUCCUCUCUCCACGUUGCUUUCGGUAUGGUGGGCUCAGUCGCCGGACUCGCCUGUUCAUCGUCGCACACACAGCUGCAUUUGUCGAGGGUGCUCAACGGUUUGGCAAACGGCAAGCUCUCCGGUACGACGAAGGGCAGAUCAGCUGUGCAAGGUGCAUCGUAUGAGGUAGAUUUUCUCAGUGAUGGAAAAGUGACUCUAUGCGCGCUUUAGGAUUUUCGUGACUGAAACGGACGUGCUUGCAGUGGGCGAGAUUUCGGCAGCUCUUUGCUGUUGCCAGCUGGGCAGAAGUGGACAAGGGCGGGCCACUAGA